ACCGCGCGGGUCCCGCUCAUUCAAUACGGUCUGGACCGGGUCCUGUUCAAUGAGGGUGUUUACACUCUUCAGGAUCCGAGGACGAGGGUGUGGAACUUCGAUCCAUAUCUCGCAAAGAUCAUGCCCGUUGAUCAGUUUGAUUUCGAUGCGCUGAAGGAAUACAUCACGUCGUCGAAGGAUACGCUUCUCAUGGAGAUUACGAGAAAAUAUAAAAAGAAAUACACUGGAUCAACGUCCAGCAUGACCUCAACUAUGGCACAUUUCCACUACCUUCUCUCACGUUGGCGGCGCAUCGACACGUCUCGCUUGUCUAAAGAAUACAAUGUCCAACUUGACAACUUUGCCGCAAUUCAGAGGGCACCGGCAGCGACAUUUCUGAAUUACAAAGAUGGUGCUUAUGCUAUCGACGCAGACAAGCAGUGGGACUCUGAUACAAUACUCAGCAUGCUAGGAAAGUCCAUGGAAAAGCUCCUGACUGUUCCCAAGGAUGAGUUCGAAAAGUACCGGCGGAGCAACUCCCACCAGCUGACCGAGGAAGAACGAGACCAGGACGAAUCGUACCACUAUACCACGUAUGGUGAUUUCAUGAUGCGAUCUCAACUUGAUGCGUACGACCCUCGUCUUCCCGGCACCGGUGUCUUUGACUUGAAGACUAGGGCUGUCGUUAGUAUCCGCAUGGACGCACGCAACUACACCAAAGGCGUUGGCUACGAGAUCCGGCAACGCUUUGGGCAGUGGCAGUCUUUUGAACGGGAAUAUCACGAUAUGAUGCGGUCUGCGUUUCUCAAGUACUCACUACAGGUUCGCAUGGGUCGCAUGGAUGGCAUUUUCGUGGCGUAUCACAAUACUGAGCGCAUAUUCGGCUUCCAGUACAUCCCACUCGAGGAGAUGGACCAGUCUAUGCACGGAACGAUGAACAAGGAACUGGGAGACAGAGAAUUCACGGCAAGUCUCAAGCUGUGGAAUAGGCUCCUCAAUGAAGCAACGGCCAGAUUUCCGGAGCAAUCUCUUCGGAUUUUCGUCGAGACCAGACCCUCUCAGUCAGUGCCAUUCAUGUACUUCUUUGCCGAGCCUGUCACCGAGGAAAUGAUCAAGGAGAUACAAGAGAGGAAGAAGGAAGACGUUGAUCAAUUCCGUGAGCAAGUUCUUGGCAUGCCGCCCAUCAGGGAGGAUGCAGAAGCUACUACCGAAACCCCCACACAGGCCAGUGCUUCAACAGAACCAUCAUGGAGCGGCUCACUUGAACCGGCGAAGGCUGCAGAUCAGGAGCCAGAACAGCUGGCCAAAACCUCGAGCGAGGAUAACGUGCAAUCAUCAGUGGAUGCCGACGUCCCGGAAGGCCCAUCACCUGCAGUAGAGGACACCACUGACGCGGAAGAUGCAGAAAAGGAUGCCGAUAAACCGCUCUUCGGCAUGGUCUUGACAAUCCGAAAUAAAGUAAAUGGCAAGCAUGUGGAUCGACCCGAAAAGCUCGAAGCUGACGACUCGUGGGAUGUCGAAUACACUAUGGAGGAGGUCACCAAUCCAAACCGGAAACAAGAGUUGUACAGUGCGAUCCAGAAUCGACGCAAGGCAGCUCAUUGGAAGGAUCCGAAAGGCGAUAGUUUUGCUGCCUUUGGUGGGGCCCUGCGCAAGUACACGAAGAAAGGCAGGGACUUCAGAUCAAAGGAG